AUGGCUGCUGUCGCACCGCUGACUUCGGUCGGUAAUGGCGCCUACAGCGCGGAAAGUGCUCAGCAACACUCUGAACACGGCCCGCCGCGCUUUACGGCUGUCAACGGGAAGGAGACGGCGUCUCACGCCCCGGCGCCUGCUGCCAAUCUGAACAGCGACCCCGUCGACGGCGGUCGGAAUUCAAAUGGCUUCAACCAACGCCCUCUCGAUGGGCUCUAUUCGGCUGGGGAUCAAGACGACAACCGCUCCCACCGCUCGUCGUCCCAGUCUUAUAACGGAGCAACUAAGAACAAACGAAAGCGCUCGGAAUCCAGCGAUCAGCCGCCAUUGCGCCAAGACUUGCACGAUGGCCGUCAUGCCCAGGAGCACACUCAUCGCCGAUCAGAAAGCGCCAUCGACAUCUCCUUACAACCCGAGACCAAUUCGAUCCAAACCAUUCAUGAGCAUCCCAGUCGCCCUGUUUCCGAUUACCCCCGCGUAGACGCUCAUGACGAGCAUGGCAAUGCCGGCAAUACUGGUCCCUGGCAAGAUUAUGACUCUCAUCUGGUCAGUCAGGCCCAAAAGGCCCAGAACAUGGAUACGUCGGAUGCCCAGCUUGCCGAAGCUCUGCAGCGCGAAGCCCACACUACAGAGUCCGUUGACCAAAGAGCAUGGGGGGAUGGUACACUUUCCGAAUCAGCCGAAGUUGAACAGCAGCCUUUCGGCCCCUAUGCCUCCGACAAGACGCAAUCAGCCGUUCAGGUUGGGCCCAAGAGAAAACGCGUCUUCAGCAAUCGAACCAAGACCGGAUGCAUGACUUGCCGAAGAAGAAAGAAGAAAUGUGAUGAACAGCAUCCGUCAUGUAACAAUUGCAUUCGCGGUGGAUUUGUCUGCGAGGGCUAUUCCUCUAGAAAUACCUGGCAGAAGCCGUCCAGCUCAAAAGGCCCAAUACCUCUGCAAUCUAAAGACGGCUACUCGGAUACCAGCACUCAUUUCAUUCAAGAUAUGAACACGCCACGCCAUGACAGAACCUCUGUCCCCACACCGCAAGCUGAGAUAGCCAAGGUUAGAUCGAUUGUCGUCGAGGAUCCCGAUCGUCCGGCGAGUCAGUUUAUAAAUAACCCACCUCCCGUCAGCGCUCCCCGAGGAUCUUGGUCAAAGAGGAGCUGGCCAGGUGCCACUCACCCGUCUUACCUGCCAGAACAUAUGACCAAGUCCGACUAUCGUGAAGUGCCCUCAAUCCAUGAGCUUUCUCGGGAAGGACAGCCCAAGGCAGAUUAUCACGUCGUCCCGCCCAUUCGCGAACUUCCACAGCAAAGUUCACAUCCUAAACCCGGCAUGCCCAUCUUUCAAAGUGGUGUGGAUCAACGACCUCCCCAUGUCACCUCUAUGGAUACAAAUAGCCCCCAGACGCAAGCUCGUAUGGCACUCAGCAUUGAACAUCAAUUAUCUGCCCGUCCAAAUGCUGGGGAGGACACUGAAAGAGACAAGAUGAUCCAUGGAGAACUUUAUCGGCCAUUCGACACACAGUUAGUCGAAGACAGGGAUCGUUGCAAAGCAGCCUUGUGGCGGUUCAACAAUGCUUGCAACCCACCUACUGGGGUUAGCUCGAAAGAACAAAAUCGCUUGCUUAGAGAAGUGAUUAUUCCUCCAGUCAGCACAUCACCGUCGGGGUCUCCUUCCGCUCGGCCCACCGGGUCAAUCGGCCAAGGGGCAGUUGUUGAAGCCCCCCUCCACUGCCAUUACGGCUUCAAUAUCCACGUCGGCGAAGAUGUGAUGAUAUCCGAAAACUGUUCCAUGAUUGAUGACUGCCCCAUCCAUAUUGGCGCGCACACAUGGAUCGGCCCGAAUGUCACGAUUCUUAGCUCGAUGGCGCAUGCCAACAUGCAAGAACGCAAAGGGUCCCAGAGCCGCUAUCAAGGUCGCUCCGUAACCAUCGAAGAAGAUUGCUAUGUGGGUGCCAAUUGUACUAUAUAUCCUGGUGUGCGACUUCGGCGCGGCGCAUACGUUGCUCCAGGCGAAGUGGUCAAGUCGGACAUUGUUGCAUAUGGCUUCCAAGGACUUAAACCCAGCUACAUGUGA